CAAAACAAAACGAUAAGUUCGUGCGAAUGUUUCGGUUUGCGUGUUUAGUUUACGGCAAUUAUUGGACAUUUUCAGUGAAACCAAACAUGAUUAUGAUGUAAUUAUAUACGUAAAAUAGUAAAAUCGAGCUCGUUAGACCUAUAAAAUGUCGUUGACAAUGUUGCGUACGCUUUGUCGCCAACAACAGCUAGUGCAAAAGCAAACCAGUUUCAUCCACGCCCGAUUCUGCCACCCGGCAACCGAACCGCAUAAGAAUGACAAACCCGGAAAUGAAAAACAAGCAAUUUCGACCGUUCCCAAGGAGAAGCUCGCCGUCAGAUACAGCCGAGAAAAUGUCAAGCGAAACGUCCGGGGCUACGUGUUUUCCCGGUUCUUCGACUACGUCAAGAACUAUGACCAAGUGCUGGAGAAGAAGUUUCCCUCGGCAAUGCACGUCUAUCGGGUGUUUCUGGUGGGCGUUAAGGAGUUCUUCGGGGACAUGAAGAAGCUAGUCAAAAUUACCAAAAUUGUUUACGCGAACCAAAACGAUCUGCGGUGCCUGAACCGCAAGGAAAUCGAGCUGUACUACCAGAUGCCGCGAGACAUGAAGAAGGUGGCGCCAGUUUUGUUGAUUUCGGCGCUUCCGUUUGCGAACUAUGUGGUGUUUCCGCUGGCGUACAUGUAUCCGAGGACAUUGCUCACAUCUCAUUUUUGGUCGAUCCAGCAAAAGGGAGAAUUUGCCCAGCAAGAUUUGAAACAGCGUUUGCUGUACAAUCGACGUGUGUUUCGCUGUAUGCAGUCAAAGCUGGACAUGCUACGAAAAACGCAAGAUCCUUUGCAGGAGAAAUUCAACAACAUUCUGGGACUGCUGGGCAGUGGCUUGCAUCCUACUUCGGACGAAAUUCUGGAUAUAAAAGAGCUAUUUACACGACCUCCGUUGAACUUGCGAUCGCUGUCGUCCGUACACCUCAAGUAUCUCUGUCGAUUACACGAUAUACACGCCGGGCUAAUGCGGAGAUUCCGGCUGUCCGAAAGGGCAUACGUGGUCCAUCACAUGGAUAUGGCCAUCAAGCGUGAGGGUGGCGUACACAACAUGCCAAUCGAGUCUCUCAAGCACGCUUGUUUCAUCCGGGGACUGAAUGCUACCAAUCUCAGCACCGAGAAUAUGGUCCACUGGCUGAAUGAAUGGGUCAAAGUGUCCUUAAUCAUCAACCAGGAUAACAUCAGUCUGUUCCUUCAUCUCCCGAUUUUGUUGUCCUACAACCAUCCGAACAACUGGAUACUGACACAUUGAGGAAUAAGUUAAGUUUGAACAUGUUUUAUUUUGAAUAAAUCUUUAUUUAAAAAACAUU